GUCUGUGUAAAUUUCAGGUGUUGUAACUUUAGUACUGUAUUUGAUUUGAAAUGCACGAAAGGCCUACUGUGUAUUAACCAUUCAAAUGUAAAGCAGUUGUAAACAGCAAUCCGUCUCGUAUUCAAGUUCUAAAUGGGAGAUAUAUUGACCCAGAUAUCGUACAACUGAGUACAGUAGGUUCGAUGACAUACUUGAGAAAGACAUCGUAGAAAUGAACAUUCUUGUUGUAUUUAAGUGUUUAAUUUUGUUUUGGAGUGGAAGUAAAGCAGACAUGCUCACAUACAAAAUCAUGUGUGGCGAAUAUAAAAUGACGUCACAUAUUGGGGAGCUAUCGUAUCGCCCGGAAGUAAAUAUGACGCCAUCUAAGAUUUGUCGGUACGACUUCCGGCCGGACAGGAAUGUCGUCGGCAGUGGCGGCAUCAUGUUCUACUUUACAGAACUGAGAAUGUCGCAUUCUUGCGAACGCAGUUAUUUAAAAUUCAUGGACGGCUUUGGUGGGGUCAAUGGUCUUGAGAAAAAGCUUUGCGUUGACAACGAUACCCUUCUCGACAAAAACGUGUUUUUCACCACCAGCGACAACACACUUGGAAUAGAGUAUUCAGAUCCGUACGCUAAUAUAAGUUUUACCAUACAGUUUUCAGCUUAUUCGAUUAAAGACUGGGACUGUGAGGGAUACAGAUGCCCGAACAAGCUGUGCGUACCGUCGGGGUAUAUCUGUAGCUCCGAAAUUCGGAUAUGCGGUGCCGCAAAGAAUAGCUGUUCCGGAAAGAAAAUCUUUGGCAAAACGAUGUCUAGCAAGAUCUUUGUGGACGUUUUACGAGUUAUCGGAAUUGCAAUUGCGGUGAUAGCUGGAAUACUGAUUUCAAAGAAGCUGUUCCAACAUAGAACGGAGUAUUUGUCGAAAUGCCGCAACAGUUGUGAAUAUGGGUAUUGUGGAUUAUGCUGUUAUCAGAUGUGUGAGUGUUUCUCACAGAAAUGCUGCAAGAAAGAACAGCGUGAUAUCGGUGUCACCAUGACCCGGCACAGACAGUCGACGGACAUAUCAACGACACGUCCAUAUCCGGAAACAAGCGAACGCAGUUCUACAAUAAACAACGGAUUAUCCAGCGUGACAGCCGAGUCAUCAUCAACAAGACACGAUCCGGAAAUAGCCGAACGCAGUACAACAAUCACCAACGAAGGUUCUAGUGUUACAAUACCGCAAGUAACUAGACAAAAUGGAAAUAACACAAGACCGGGCGUUGCAGAUGUGUCAAAUGACCAUGACCCCCCGCCAUCAUACAGUCAAUUAGAAUUGUACAGCUUGGAUAAUCAUGCGAACACUAAUGUAGAUAUGCUUGCUUCAGAAACGCGACACGAUAAUAAUGGUAACAAUAUAACAUUGAGCAACGCUGAUUCCUCGAACGUAAUAACACUUGGCUCCAUUAAUAUCGAGACAGAUUCAGCCAUUGUGGCUCACGGUAGUGAAGAACAUGUACAUGAACCGGAAAUGCUGACAGAUUUUUCGGUCGAUGAUGUUUUACCCGCUGUGCCUCCACCUCCGUAUGACGAAGCCGUAGACCCUCCUUUAUAUAGCGAGGUCAUUAGCCACGAGAGCGAAUAUAUGGCGUCAAUUUAAAAAUGAGUUUCUUACACGAAGUCGUCAAAAACUAAUGUUAUUUUAAAAUGGCGUAGCUUCAAAGCACUACGAUUAACCGAAUACAUCAGUGUUGUUUAAAGUAAACAAGGGUUCGUUAAUGAUUUCAGUAGCAUUAUUAUAUGUUAAAUUGAACUAAAUGUUCAAAAAACUUAAUAUGAACGACCAAAGCCUAUUAAGAAGAUUAUAAACCGUCCUAAAAGUACAAGAAUAAAUAUACUGAUAAGCGUGAUUAUUACAAGUUUUGGGACGUUUUAAAUAAUCAACUUGUGUUAUAUCCGGUAAUAAAGAUACACACAAUUAUUCCCAGAAGUAAGUUACCAAAAAUGUACAAAUGCAAAAUCAGUACUAUGAAAGACUGAAAUACCAGAUGCACAAUUUUCAUUGAUAUCGAGGGUUUCUACCAAUAGUUAAAUAGGGAGUAUGGGCCUAGAAGGCGUAAGUUAGGAAUAUGAGGGGAUGUCGGACGCAACACGCCAUGCGGGCCUGGAGUACACAUUGUAAUAUCAAAGCGCCGAAAGCAUUAAAAGGCUGUUGACAAUAUACAGGAUAGUUUUUGUUAUAAUCGAUGUUAAAGGAACACUUAACCGAAUGAAAAUGGAAAUGGGUAUAAGAAUAAACAGUUUAUCGAAAAUAAUAGACACUGUUAAGGUGAUGAACUAUUGCAAGUUAAAAUUGAAUUUAAAAACGUGACAUUAGUUCGCUCCACAGACUUAAAACGUGUAUGCCUUUGCAAUUGUAAUAGCAAAGUCAAAGGUCACCUACUUGUGUCGAUCACUGGGGAUGAGAAUGUUAAGCUCGCCAAUAUUGAGCUGGAAAUUAACUUUAUACAUGAUAAUUUUUGUUUCCCAUAUGGAAGCGAGUGGAGACGAAGCAAUAAGUAUAUGUAAUGUUAUGGCGUUAAUUUGUAAAAAAAAAACGUGCACGAACAAAACCGAAUGCAAAUUGAGGCAAUAAUCUUAGGGUAUAAUUUAAGCUCAAGGUUCACGAGUGCCAUGUUAAAGGGGCCUUUUCACAGGUUUUGGCAUGUAUUGAAGUUUGUCAUUUAAUGCUUUAUAUUGCUAAAUGUAAACAAUAGAUCUAAAAAGCUCCAUUAAAAAAAAAACAAGCAUAACAUUAAAGAAAGACAAAAAGUAACCCUCAACUGGGCUCGAACCACAGACUCCUGGAGUAAAAGUCUAUCUAUUAGAUCACUCGGCUAUCCGUCCUCAUACAAUGAGUGAUGUAUUUUAUACUUUAUGUAAGCAAUCCUCGUAUUAUUACAAAAUAUAACGACAACAACAGAACUCUCCAAAUUAUUCAAUUGUUUCGCGUUGCAACGCUUUAUAAUUUUCAGAUUUUUUAAAUCGUCUAAAGAUGCAUAUACUUGAUAUUUUAGAGCAUGAUAAAUGUUAUGUAUUACUGUUUUCUCACAAAUAUCAUAACUGCAACGACAAUUUGCGAAUCUGAAACAUUUUUUGUUAUUUUUUUCAAUUAACCAAACCGUGAAAAGGCCCCUUUAAUAUUGUCGAGCCAUACAGAAUGCUGGGCAUGUAUACAUAACAUCAUAGUGAUAACAUACUUAAAGUUAAAUGUAAUCGUUAUAGAAAUUCAAACAAAAACAGUUUGAUUGACAAAGUAAACAGAACCGUGUGACUGUGAAUAGAAACCGCAAUAAUAAACGCGCAUGGAAAAUAUUUAACUGUGAAACUAUCAAUAAAAAAGACAUGCAUGUAAAAUGAAUUAUCUUACACUCAUCACAGUCAUCUGUUCCUCUGAAAAGUAAGAGAACAAAUGUAAUAUAACUAUUAUUAUGAAUGGCAUGUAUAAAACAGAACGGGGAAAAUUAUUAAUCUAUUAUUUUAAUACCAGGCACAAUAAAGUUAUCUGAUGAAAGUCGAAUAUCAAUAAAACUCAGAGGAA